CAGUGCCCAGUGGGCCUGGCUGUCGGCCAGUGUAGAGCGAGAAGAACACAGUCCUCGUAAGAUUAGCCCUGGAUAUUUCUGCUUAUGUGCAUGUUUUUGCACAAAAAGCCUUCAACUGAAAGAUGGAAAGAAUGAGAAGAUGCUUCACUCUUUCUUUAAUGACACAAAAGUGAGUUUUGGAUUUGUUUGUUCAUAGGCCAGUGCAUCUGGUGAAGAUGAGGUGUCGUUGUCUGCACACGAGCACAGGUUCAGGCUCUUCAGCUCAGUGGAGUUUGAUGGACAGCUCUACAUGACUCCCCUUGACUUCAUUGAGUCCGUCACUAUGAGCGAACCGAAGAAAAAGAGGUUUUGGAAAUCCCUCACAAAACAGGAACUGGACAAGAUUCUGUCAGAUACGCCACCUGUGUGGAAAGGAUCAUCUCGUCUGUUUCGUAACCUGCGGGAAAGAGGUCUCAUCGCUUACACAGAGUAUCUGUUUCUCCUCUGUAUUUUGACAAAGCCGCAUGCUGGCUUUAAAAUAGCUUUCAACAUGUUUGAUGCGGACGGCAAUCAAAUGGUGGAUAAGAGGGAGUUCAUGGUGCUGGAGGAGAUAUUUCGUAAGAAAAAUGAAAAGAGAAAGGAGCGAGGAGGAGAUGCUGAGAGUUCAUCUCAGCUGAAUGUGGAACUGUAUGGAUAUCAAGGAUCUGUGAGCAGCAAUGUACUUAAAAAAGAGCAGCCUCAGUGUGAGCCCAGAAGUUUCUGGGAUGUUCUAAAGCUUGGUGCAAGAAUAGUUCUCUUUUCAGAUCUGAUGGAGCACGUUCCAGAAAAUGUCACAGACACAACUCUGCUGGUGCAUUUCUUUGGAAGAAAGGGCAAAAGUGAACUUAACUUUGAUGACUUCUACAGAUUCAUGGACAACCUGCAGACAGAAGUGCUUGAGAUUGAGUUCCUCAGUUAUUCCAAGGGAAUGACCACCAUCAGCGAGGAGGACUUCGCUCGGAUCCUGCUGCGCUACACCACUGUGGAGAACAUCACAGGCUACCUGGAGAACGUGCAUCAAAGCAUACCUGACGAGAAGGGAAUCACUUUUGAAGAGUUUAGGUCCUUCUUUCAGUUCCUCAACAACUUAGAGGACUUUGCCAUUGCCAUGCAAAUGUACAACUUUGCAAAUCGCCCAAUUGGACAAGAUGAGUUUGGUCGUGCUGUUUAUGUGGCCACAGGCCUGAAACUGUCCCGACACCUUGUGAACACCAUUUUCAAGAUCUUUGAUGUGGACCAUGAUGACCAGCUGAGCUACAAGGAGUUUAUUGGGAUAAUGAAGGACCGACUGCAUCGUGGCUCUUGGGGAUAUAAGGGUGAAGAGAGAUUCACAUCCUUUAAAGGCUGUAUGAAGAAGGAACUCAGUGCUAAAUAGAUAAACGUCCCGCUGAGGGUUUCUCUUCAGCCUCACGUCGCAGGGAAGAAAUCUGACGUUGGAUUAAAGUUCUCAGUGACUCAAAUGCAAUUAUCUCCCUGACCUGUGUCAAACUCUGUAAGAUACAAGUACUGCCGCUUUUAGAUUAACACAUGCUACCUCUCUGGACUAUAGUUACAGCUUUGUCACUUGGCAGGCACUUUCUGAACUCUAUAAAAGCCAUUAACCGAAAGGAUAACACUUUAAUGAAAUAGCCAUGAUACUUUUAAUAAUCAGAGUUAUUUAUUGACAGUCUUUUAAAUUUGAAUGGAUCCAGGGCCCACAUUUUGGGAUAAAAUAAUUAUUUUCAGAGUAACGUCUUUAUUAAUGAUAUAUUACUAUAUAAAUAUAACAUUUUUUUUAAUUUUAACGCAAGACACUGCAGGGAAAAAAAUUUUGAAACCUUUUUUUUCAGUCUAAUGUAAAGUAAAUGCACAAAAAAUACACUUUUAAUGUUUUUGUAGAAUUCUGUUGUACACAUUUUUUACCCGUAUGAAGCCAUACAUAUAUUUAUUUCAGCAGCUCUUACUAUACAUACACGAGACUUUUUUAUUUAUAGCUGUAUUUUCUAAUAAAAAUUUUAUUUAUUUAUUUAUUUAUUUAUUUAUUUAUUUAUUUAUUUAUUUAUUUAUUUAUUUAUUUAUUUAUUUAUUUAUUAUUUUAUUUUAUUUAUUUCUAACAUGUUCCCAGUAUUUAAAGUGAUAAAACAUUAGACUAAUAUGGCAAAAACACAAGACAAAUGCCAAUUUUGCACCUGAACCACUGAACAUUCAGUGUUUUCAGAUUUUUUGUAUACAAACUAGCACACAAAUGAUCCCUCAUUUGCAUAUUUAAACAUUUUAGAAAGCUUUUAAUACAAAACGUUAUUUUUUUUAAAGUUGAAAAAUACUUGUAAUCAUGGUAAUACCUAUUAGUUAAGUUUUUACCCUGAUGUACACCUGCAGCGUCUUGCUUUAAACAAACUAACUCAAGUGUGAAACGGAUAAUGGUGUGUACAGUUAUUUAUUUCUAUUUAUUAAUCUAUUUUGUGUAAGGAAAACGUUCUUUUGGGGUUUUGAUGCCCCUUUAUUGCUGUAUUGGCAUUGUAUUGUUGUAUUUGCUACUCUAGGAGUUAUAAGCCAGAUAAUCUUUGGUUACAACGAGCACAUUGCUAACAUAGUUUGUGUGAGUUUGUCCAGUGUCCAGCAGCGGAUCAGCUUACAGCGGCUCUGACAGUGCUGAGUGCACAGAGCAAUAAUGAGACCUCAGUAAUCUCACAAUGCGCUACACAUAUAGAUCCCUCUCUCCAGCUCACACACUCCUUUAACUAAUAUCCUGUGUGUGAAUAGCGGAAAAUGAAUAUCAUGUCAUAUAGGGAUUUAAUAUCUGUUAUUCAUAUUGUAAGAACUGAAUGAUUAUUCUUCAACGUACUGGAUAAAACAAUGAAAAAGUAUUGCAACAUUUAUUGGGUAAUUCUGACUUUAUGGAGAGAAAAAAUACGGAAUCACAAAACAAAUAAACUACAAUUUUUAUUUAUUUAUUUAUUUUUUAUCAGUAAACAGAUAAUGUUUGCCAUUUAAUUAAGUACUUUCCUCCUAAAUGUUUUACAUCUGAAAGAGAAACUCCUUCAAAUGCAUUUUAUACACAGCCACAAAAAUACAUAAACACAUGCAAUCCAGAGAACAAAUAUUGUAAGAAAUUAACUAAAGAAAUUCUGAAAUAACAUUGCAGUUUACAAUUUCCAGAAAAAAAAAAACUUUAAAAAUUUUUUGUUUCUGAGAAGAAACGUCCAAAUUGUGAGUUGAAAAGUGGCAGUUACUGUACUGAGUAUCAUGUAGUAAAAUAGCAAAUUUCAUUGAUUAUAUUUCUUAUAUUGUAUAUUGACUGUGCUUGAGACUUUUCAUUGACUUUCUUGUUUAUUCUUAAGGGUGAUUAAGGUUAUAGUUCCACACAUUACACUGUAUUAUUUGUUGUCAUUGCCUUGAGCAAAAAGCAACGGGAGAUCAGAGCUUGUUGUUAAUUUAUUCUAGUAAAUAUAUACAUGAUUUUUUUAAAGUUAACAUCUUAUUAUUGAUUAUUUACUGGAUAUUUCUGAGAUUAUAUCUGAGAUAUUUUAAAGCCUAGAAUUCUUGACUUUUAAAUAUGUCCCUUUUUUAAACCAGGAAAUAUGAUGCAUUUCAUUAAACAUACUGCUUGUAUGUUCUAUCUUGCAGAUGUUCUAAUGAAAUGUUACUUUUUUUUUCUUCUAAUUUCAUUCGCAUUCAAGACUGAAAUAACAAGCAUUUGAUCUUCUACUACAAUAUAAUAUUGACUUAUGUGAAAACUGUAACAAGCUUCAGUCUUUCCCACAGAAUACACUGUAGACUCUUUUAGAUGUUUAUUUCAUUAGCUUUUAUCUGGAGCUGAAGACCAUCUGUUUACAUAUUACAAGUUGUCAUAAGUGAAGUACUUUUCAUGCUUUUGUAUUUAUAUUGCUUAAUUUCAAUAAACUAGGAUACACAAGCAA